UCAGACGCCGGCUUCGAGUUCGACAUCUGCUUCACGUCGGUGCAGAAGCGGGCCAUCCGCACCCUCUGGACCGUCCUGGAUGCCAUCGACCAGAUGUGGUUACCCGUGAUCCGGACCUGGCGCCUGAACGAGAGGCACUACGGGGCUCUCACCGGCCUGAACAAGGCCGAGACGGCGGCGAAGCACGGCGAGGCACAGGUGAAGAUCUGGAGGCGCUCGUAUGACAUCCCCCCGCCUCCCAUGCAGUCCGAUCACCCCUUCUACAGCACCAUCAGCAAGGACCGUCGCUAUGCUGAUCUGACAGAGGACCAGCUGCCGACAUGCGAGAGCCUGAAGGACACCAUCGCCCGGGCCCUGCCUUUCUGGAAUGAGGAAAUCGUCCCACAGAUCAAAGAAGGCAAACGAGUCCUUAUUGCUGCCCAUGGCAAUAGCCUGCGUGGGAUUGUCAAGCAUCUGGAAGGCAUGUCAGAAGAGGCCAUCAUGGAGCUGAACCUGCCCACCGGCAUCCCUAUUGUGUAUGAGCUGGACAAGAACCUGAAGCCCGUCAAGCCCAUGCAGUUCCUGGGCGAUGAGGAGACGGUGCGCAAGGCCAUGGAGGCUGUCGCUGCUCAGGGCAAGGUCAAGAAGUGAGGGUGGGCAACAGGCUAGCACGUAGUAGAGCCCCCCACUGUCCCCCACCCCUCUGUUGCACACCUCCCACAGCUGUAGGAACCUGGAGCUGCGCAGCUGGAGCAGCUCUCCAGGAUUAGGCCCAUUCCCUUGGGACCAGGCUCCCCUCUGCAGACAGCCUGGGCACGAGGGGCUGUGCACAC